CGCGCCCCGCUGCGGAGCCCCGGACGGUCGCGUCCCCGCGCCACCGCACCAUGAACACGGUGGUCUUCAACCAGCUCGGCGGCGCCGUGCUCUUCGAGGACCGAGGCGCUGCAGAGCGCGAGCGGGGCGGCCGGCCCUACGGAGUCCUGGACAGCCCUCACGCCCGCCCGGAGGUGGGCGCUCCCGAUGGCCCGCCCCUCAAGGACAACCUCAGCCUAAGACACCGGAGGACCGGGGCCCGGCAGAACGGCGGGAAGGUGAGACACAAGCGGCAGGCCCUGCAGGACAUGGCGCGGCCCCUCAAGCAGUGGCUUUACAAGCACCGCGACAACCCGUAUCCCACCAAGACGGAGAAGAUACUCCUGGCCCUUGGCUCGCAGAUGACGCUGGUGCAGGUGUCAAAUUGGUUUGCUAAUGCAAGACGUCGGCUUAAGAAUACUGUUCGACAGCCAGAUUUAAGCUGGGCUUUAAGAAUAAAGUUAUACAACAAGUAUGUUCAAGGAAAUGCUGAGCGGCUUAGUGUAAGCAGUGAUGAUUCAUGCUCCGAAGAUGGAGAAAAUCCUCCAAGAAACCACAUGAAUGAAGGGGGAUAUAAUACUCCAGUCCACCAUCCUGUGAUUAAAGGUGAGAGCUCUGUCAUAAAAGCUGGAGUAAGGCCUGAGUCACGGGCCAGUGAGGACUACGUGUCACCCCCAAAAUACAAGAGCAGCUUGUUGAACCGUUACCUUAACGACUCUUUGAGACACGUCAUGGCCACAAACACUGCCAUGAUGGGAAAAACAAGGCAAAGAAACCACUCGGGAUCUUUUAGCUCCAAUGAAUUUGAGGAAGAGUUGGUGUCUCCGUCGUCAUCGGAAACUGAAGGCAACUUUGUCUACCGCACAGACACUCUGGAAAACGAAUCCAGUAAGGGGGGCAGUGCAGUCAACAGAAAGGGGCCAAGCAAGGAUGACACGUACUGGAAGGAGAUCAAUGCAGCUAUGGCCUUAACAAAUCUUGCACAGGGAAAGGACAAACUGCAGGGAACUACCAGCUGCAUCAUCCAGAAGUCAUCCCACAUAGCAGAAGUGAAGACUGUCAAAGUGCCAUUGGUGCAGCCAUUUUAAGAGCUUGUUGCUUUUCAGAUUCAUGGCCGUUCUUCUUCCCAGUGUUUCUCAUAAGUCCUCAUCUUAAGAGCCGAAGCAGGGGUGGAAAUGACUCCCUCUCAAACCUCUUCCUAUUUUUAAUUAACCUAAAUAGAUCAUUUAGUUGCUUCUAUAAAAGACAUAAAUUAUAAAAAAACUCACUUUAAUCAAAAAUAUUAACUUAUUUUAUGUUACUCAAACUAUGCAUAAAAUGUCAGCAUUACCAUUACAGUAAGUGCCUUGCUUCCCGAAAAUGAGCUCCAACGUGGGCACAGUAGAACAGCUGUGCCUCAAAAUGCCAGCGCCGUGUGCUUACUAGUUUGUGUGCAUCACUCUGGGCAUGCCAGCCAUGCCAGGACUGAAACCAGAAUCGCCAAGAGCCCUUGAAAUAUAUUCAGUCAUUCUUAUGUUAAAACUUGGAAAUCUCUUCAGUCCAAAUGAAAUGUCCCUUUAAAAAUUUUCUACAGUAUUGAAAAUUGUUCAGUGUGCUUUUCAGAGUGACAGAAUUUUAUGCAUGUGUCUUGCCUGCACAUUUGAUUUGUUACAGGCAUCCAAAAUGCAAGGUGCGGUGAUCUACAGAGUGUGUACAUUUAAGAAAUGAUUCCUUCAAACUCAUUUAAAAUUGCAACAAAUACAUUGUGAUCAGGAAAACAUUUUUCAAGCACCCCUGGAAAACCCCACAAUGCCCUAUAGAAUUAAUUCUGAUUUUUUUUCCCUCAGGCUUUGCUGAAAUUAAAAAAAAAAACAACUGUAUUAUAUAACUCCAAAAAUUUUCCUGUGUAAACCUAAACCUAUAGUUUAGUUUUAAAACAUAAUCCUGUUUGCAUUAGAGCUCAGUAUUUUUUGUGAUGGAAUUUGUGUUCAUAUGGAAUGACUAAAAACCUUUUAUUUGGUUCAUUUCAAAUUAUAAUUGUUGACGGACAAUUUGUAUUGCAACGAGAACAAGACAAUGAAAGAAAUGUAUCUCUGUGUGAAUAUAUAGAUACACACAUAAAAUUGAUUUCCAAAUGGACAUCAUAAAACAUAUGGAAAACAAAACAUUGAACAGUCUGAAUUUUGUCAAGUAGGACAUUAAAGUAAAAAUUAAGUGAAAUCAUGCAUUAAAAGAAAACAUUUUGUUUUUAAAUUAGACUACAAUGGAAUAAGGAUAAUCAAUAUCAAGAAAGAAACAUAUCUUUUUCAAUCAAACAAUAAUAUUCUAAUCAGCUUGGGAAGACUUGAAACUUGAAUAAACAGUGGAAAUGCCAAAUAUAACAGAGUGUGUGUGCUACAGAGAAGUAAAAAAAAAUUUGACUCUUUUAUGGUGGGAUUUUUUUCUGGAUGUAUAAUCUAUUUUUUUUUUAACUGGAAAGCAUUUUUGUGAGUGUGAAUGAGGGCCAAUAGUGCAGCCAUGUGGUAACGCUUUUCUUUAUUUUGCAAAAUGCUUUUAAAACCAAAGGCUGCUCUAGUUGAUAGACACUAUCAGUCUUGAUACAAAUUGUAGGACACUUUUUAAUGUAAUAUAGCAUUUGGGGAUUGGGUUUAUUUAGUGUAAUGAAGAUAAUUUGAUAUAAAAAUAUUUUGUGUAUAUAUAUAUUUUAACUUUGUUUUCUAAAUUGCUGUUUGCAGUAACAGUAAGCGCAAAGCAAUAUAUAUAAGUUAUGACUGUAUGAUAAGAUGAAGUAUGAGUUCUUUUGGUUUACAUCCUUAAGUAGUUAGAGAUCCCUGAUAAAAACCUUGGAAUCUUUAUAAGACAGUUUGCCAAAAUGUGAGCAUGUCAAUGAAAACUAAAGACAAGUACUUCACUCUUUUUCAUACUACUAUAAGUUAUUCUAGUAUUAAAUAUGUUAAUAAAAGUGUUUUUGUUCUGACAUAUUUCAGUUAGAUGAAUGAAUGCUGGUUGUAUUUUGUUUGAAUUAGUCAUGAUUCCUUUUGCCAUCUUUUAAAAAAAAUCAGCUGAUUUGUUCUGUGUUAUAAACUAUAGAUGACAAGCCAAUAUAGGACAGCUAGUGAUGUGACUUUUUUUUUUGUUAAGUACCAAAGCUUGGAAGGUUUUAUAAUUAACACAUCAAGAAGAUUUUAUAAUAAGCACAUCCUUGGCAAUAUCUCUAGUUACAAUUACUUUUAAUUUAUUUUUUCUUGUGCUGCUCUAACAUUUUUCUGGAUAUUAAAAUUCCUCUAAUCCUUUAAAAGAAUCUUGAACAGUGCUGAGCCAGCAGCUGAGAAUCUAACUCGUAAUUUAUGUUGUAGAGAAAUAGAAUUACCUCUAUUCUUUGUUUUGCCAUAUGUAAUCAUUUUAAUAAAAUUAAUAACUGUCAGGAGUUCUUGACAGAUUUAAAAUAAAAGUUAAUUUCUAGACCUC